AUGAACUUAUCGUUUGCGGGUUGUGGUUUUCUUGGCAUAUAUCAUGUUGGAGUAUCAGUUUGUCUUAAAAAGUAUGCACCGCAUUUGCUGUUAGGGAAUAUAUCAGGUGCUUCUUUUGGAGCAGUGUCUGCUUGCUGUUUGCUCUGUGAUCUGCCAAUAGGGGAAAUUACAAGUGAUGUCUUAAGGAUAGUUGGUGAAGCGAGGGCUGGCUCCCUCGGACCUUUCAGUCCAUCAUUUAACAUACAAAAUGUACUCCUGGAGAGCAUGGAGCGAUACUUACCCACUGACGCCCACAAAAUCGUCAGUGGGAAACUUCAUAUCUCACUCACGAGAGUGUAUGAUGGGAAGAAUGUUAUAGUAUCGAAAUUUGCGACACGGGAAGACUUAUUACAGGCGUUGCUAGCAUCAUGUUUCGUGCCAGUAUUCUCCGGGAUGCUUCCGCCAAAGUUCCAUGGGAACCGGUACAUGGAUGGAGGCUUUAGUGACAAUCUGCCUGUGUUGGACGAAAAUACCAUUACUGUUAGCCCAUUUUGCGGUGAAAGUGAUAUCUGCCCGAGGGAUUUGAGUUCGCAACUAUUUCAUGUAAACUUAGCAAAUACAAGUAUAGAACUAUCUAAGCAAAACAUGAACCGUUUCGCCCGCAUACUGUUUCCUCCUAAACCAGAGGUGCUGAGCAAUAUGUGCAAACAAGGAUUCGAUGACGCACUGCGAUUCUUACAUAGGAAUAAUAUGAUUACAUGCACUCGAUGUCUAGCCGUACAGUCAACAUAUCAAUUGCAAGAUGUCUUAAACGACACUUCAUUCGAAUACGACCCCGACUGCGAAGAAUGCAAAACACAUCGAGAGGACGCCCUAGUAGAUGACCUACCAGAUACGGUGAUGACGAUAUUCCAAAACGCGAUAGAUUCCGCCAACAACGGCCUUGUCAAUUGGGUGAUGCAGCAGCGCGGUAUGCGCGCCGUCUCACUUCUAACGUUGCCUUACCGCGUGCCCGUUGACGUCAUGUAUGCUACAUUUACCAACUAUAUCGGUGAUAAGGUAGAGACCCACGCUGAACAGUACGCUGUGGUGGGAAAUGUGAGAGUGAUUAGGAAGAAGUGUAUCCGACACAACAAUACGAUGACUAGGUUCGUAGCAUGCACACCGAAGAUGAGCAAAUCACUAUGGAAACUGAGUUGGCGUAUCAUCAGACAAUUGCACGGGUUUUUAUAUUCCGCCCAUGAUCGUUCAGAAGCUGCCAGAGUGUAUUACAAGUUGACCAUGGAUAAGGAUGAACACCGAUUGGAUAAGAGACGUGCGAGCCAAGUGUGCAUAACAUAUGGGGACCGAGAUGUCCUCCCCGAGGCAGACACAUUUGAACACAUUCUUAACGUAACCAACCACAACGAUGCGUUAUUGGCCUAUUACUACCUUGACAGUGAUAAUAAGAUGAAAAUGACAGAGAUCUAUGACGUAACGGACGCGGACACAGAUGCCGUGCAGUCCCCGGAUGAACGCGAUCUCAACAAACAACUCGAGUUUGACAACGAUUGGUCUGGAGAUUUUAUGGCUGAAGAAGUGGAAGAGAUAGAAAUAGAAGAAUUAGAGAGAAGCAUAUUUUCGGAAACUGAAAGUGAGUGGCGAUCUAAUAUGGAAGAAUCCGAGCCCGAGUCAGAUCAACCGGAAUCCGAUAGACCAAUCAUGUUUGUGGCGAAUGCAUCAUAG